GAUUGGGGAAACCCGUUUGAGACUCCAGGCUGCUUGAUACUUAAAAUCCUGAGGCGAGACCUCAGUUGAGUCGUGCGUUACAAGCAGUGCGGCUUCACACUUGUUUUGUCUCCAAACUUUGCAGCCUUUCUACUCGUGUAAAGUUUAUCUUAAUACUUUGUCACACUUGUUUGACAUAACUGAGGUGUAAAACGUUCGCGGCAUCCACAAAAAAGAUAAAAUGCAGGGCCACACCACGUGGAACGGGAUGCGUGGGUUUUGUCUACUUAUACUCUUUUGGUUCAAUCUACAUGGACUAAGUCAUUCAGCCGCUGUGAAUCCUCAGCUACCCGAGGGAAGCCCAUGUCUACUGGACACCGGUCUAAAAGGCAUGUGCGUAAAGGCUGUGGAUUGCCCGCAAAAAAUAAUGGAGAUUAAUGCGAGAAACUACACCGACGAUGGUCGUUGUGGGUUUGUGAAAUUUGACGAGAUAGUUUGCUGCACCAAGAAAUUUUGAGGAUCCACAUCCCACGAAAAUUGUUUCACACAAAAGUUGUCGGGUUUGGUCAGGACGAUCUGAUUAGUUUUUGAAAGUUGAUCUUGAAGUAAAAUUUCAAGCUUUUCACUAUUUUUUAAUGAAAGGGACUUUCAUACUUUUUCCUCACCCUGUAUAACGUUACUUUUUCAUAAUCGGUCAAAUCAUAUACUGUGUUAAUAUCGGAGUGAUGAACAAUGUUUUGCUGUAAAACAGGUUCUUGGAACAAGUCAAACAGGCUGUCGGUAGUAAUUUUGCAACUUUUUUUCCUCCCGUGUGCACUCUAAUCGUAAGGGUCAAGAUGGCAUCGGAUGCGAAAACUUGGCCAAUUUAGCCGAUUGUGGGGGAAAUUCGACCGUUGACCUUACAGUUAGUUGCGUGCUGUGCCGCAAUCGACGCGCAUUUCUAACAAAUACUUCUGGCAUUCAUCAAUCAAGGUUUCUUCUUGAAGUACCGCAGGCAAUUUCUAAGAAUGGAAAUAACAGCGUGGACUUGGAUGUGUGUACUUCAUUUGAUAUUACUUAAUCGAUGCCGAGCCGUCCACCGAGUCGUUGCGGAAGAUCUAGAACUUUACGAAGGUAGCAGGUGUCGUUUGGGAGGAGAUGGGGCCGAGCAAGGCGUGUGCGUCAAGUUAAUCAACUGUCCAGUAAGAGUGCAGCAGGUACGUGCGGGGAACUUUAACGAAGGCGGCCGUUGUGGUUUUUCCAGUUUUCAUGAGAUAGUCUGCUGCAGAGAGCUCUCGUCAGAGCAACUGAAGGAGCAAUCGAGACCAGCCGAAGCAGCUUGCCGAGAAUUCCGAAGGACGUUGAACGUUGACGGGCCACCUGCAACUUCGGUCAUGCCCUACAUGGUGGCGUUGAGUUUCUCUUCGCCAAACGAUGAAGAUGCUAGUGGAAUGAUCAGGUAUGCCUGCGGCGGGGCUUUGAUAUCCCAUAUGCACAUCCUAACUGCAGCCCACUGCGUCACUACCAAUAUCGACGGAUUUAAGCCUGUUCAAGUUCUGUUAGGCAGUACGGAUCUUUCAAAACAGAAUCAAAACAUUAUUGUACCAAUUGCACGGAUCAUCAAACAUCCCCGGUACGACGAAAGCUCCAACCACAACGAUAUAGCCAUCAUAGAACUCCAGAACCCUGUCAAGUUUACGAGUACUGUGCAGCCGGUGUGUCUGUUGACGAAACCCUUGUCAAACCUCGUUUCCGAGAGCGCAAAUUUCAUAAUGUUGGGUUGGGUAUCGACCUUUGUUGGCGGAAGCACACACACCCGAUUAAUGAAGGCUGAACAUCUGCAUCUUGUUGGAGGGAAAGACUGUUCGGAGAGUUACAGUGAUCUUCGAGUUCAGAUUCAUCCAAUCGAAUCGAACGACACAGUGAUUUGCGUGUGGGAUCCUAGCAUCGGUAGAAGAGCAGACACGUGUUGGGAUAACACUGGAGGAGUUCUCUUGAUCUCGUCGCGGGAAUUUUUAUUUCUUGCAGGCGUAACGUCGUUCGGACAGACAUGUGGUGGAAGCAGACCUAGCGUGUACACGUCGGUCUUCGAGCACUUGACUUGGAUCGAAGAUCAGGUAUGGCAGCGUCGCGAUUUCUAAUUAAGCACGCUACGAAACAAUUUCAUUUUGCAACGAGUCAAAAUUCGUACAGGGCGAUUCGAACAUCGUUGAAAAUUAACUUGUUACGCCGGAAUGGUUGAAUAUUAAUUAACGAAACGAGCGAAACGAACACGAUAUCUACGCUGUGCAGUGUAAUGCGACGAAACAUAUAAGCACUGAUUUUCCUUUCCUUUCCAAGUUAUUGUAAAUUGCUUGUUGUGGAAAAACCGAAAUCGUAAUGGUCACUGACAAUGAGGCUAUAGUCUCGUAAGAAAACAGGUCCUCCUUGCAUGGAUGAGGUCACUUAAGUUCGCAUGAUCAAGGUACAGUGAACCCACUGAAUAAACUCGCCGGUGAGAUUUGUGCGCUAACCUCUUUUAAGAGGUACCUGAGGAAGCGGCACUAUUCAGAGGGGGUUUAUUCAGAGGGUUCAGCGUAUCUGUUCAAGAUAUAAUUAUAACAUGAUACGAGAAAUUAUCUUUGACCGAACAAUCGGUGAAUAAACAUAAUUUGGUUU